CUGGAAAUGACUAUUUCCUGCCAUCUCUUUGAUUUCAUUUUACUUGAAGUGUUCUUUGUAAUGUCAUCUUUACUUAAUCAGUAAAUGUCAUUCAGCAUCCAUUUCCUGUGUAACUCUGUUGCUAAGCAUGAGGCCUGAGUCUGAGGGGAGGUCACAUAUAAAGGACUGUGAAGAGGUUGAACUUCAUCUAAAAGGCUGACAGAUGGAAUUGAGGGCCCGCCCCAUGAGACUAAUGUCAGAAUGCUUAGGGAUGACAACUUGACAACACAAAACAACAUUCUUCUGGCCUAGCAACUGCCAGACCAGAGCCACUUCAUUAGUCUACACAUUCUGAAAUAAGGAAGAUGCCUCUAUCAAAUCCCCAAUCAUGAGUCCUUCUGGGAGUGGAGGAAUACAAGACGGAUACAGCAUUCCUUAUCUUGGAAUUAUGCACUAACGCACAGAUAAGUGCAAAUAUAGUGUGAAAGUUCAUAGCUAAAGUCUAGAUGUGAUCCUUUGGAAUCCCUGAGCAAGAAGAGGAGAUUAGGGAAAGCUUCCCGGAAGUAGGAGAUGAAGGUCAAGCAGAACAACAUAUACAAAGGCACCAAGCUGUGAAAUGGCCUGAUCUGUUUUGGAAGCUAUCUCUGAGCCCUAAAAUAAGAUGAAGUAGGAAUUGGAAGAAAGGGGCCCAUGAGUGAAGAGCCUGAUGAUGAAUGGAGGGGGGAAAGGGCUGGCAUCCAGGCUUUUUGAUGUGGGGCCCUCAGUCUUCCCCCAAUAUUUGUCACCCACAGACCUGGCAUAUCCUCCUGCUCAUAAUGAGAAUAGUUCUGCUCCAAUCAAUCAGGAUGAACCUCAUGGACAUCACCAAGAUUUUCUCCCUCCUGCAGCCCGACAAGGAGGAGGAGGACACCGACAUGGGGGAGAAGCAGGCUCUCAGUCAAGCAGUGUAUGACAAUGACUCCUAUACCUUGGACCAGCUUUUGUGCCAGGAGCGUUACAAACGUUUCAUCAACAGUAGAAGUGGUUGGGGUGUUCCUGGGACACCCUUGCGCUUGGCUGCUUCUUAUGGCCACCUCAGGUGUUUGCAGGUCCUCCUGGCACAUGGUGCUGAUGUUGACAGUUUGGAUGUCAAGGCACAGACACCACUUUUCACUGCUGUGAAUCAUGGCCACCUGGACUGUGUACGUGUGCUUUUGGAAGCUGGUGCCUGUCCUGGUGGUAGCAUCUACAACAACUGUUCUCCCGUACUCACAGCUGCCCGUGAUGGUGCUGCUGCCAUUCUUCAGGAACUCCUGGGCCAUGGUGCAGAGGCCAAUGUCAACGCUAAACUACCAGUCUGGGCAUCAAACAUAGCUUCAUGUUCUGGUCCCCUCUAUUUGGCUGCAGUCUAUGGGCAUCUUGACUGUUUUCGCCUGCUUUUGCUUCAUGGGGCAGACCCCAACUACAACUGUACUGACCAGAGCCUAUUGGCUCGUGUCCCACGGCCCCGCACCCUCCUGGAAAUCUGUCUCCACCAUAACUGUGAACCAGAAUACAUCCAGCUGUUAAUUGAUUUUGGUGCUAAUAUCCACCUUCUAUCUCUCUCGCUGGACCUGAACUUGCAGGAUUAUAAAGGCAGUGCAUUGCUGUUACAGGCCCGAGCCACUCCUCGGUCACUACUAUCACAGGCCCGUUUAGUUAUCCGCAGAGCUCUGCUCCAGACCAGCCAACCACAAGCCCUUGACCAGUUGGACAUUCCCCCUGUGUUGAUUAGUUACCUCAAACACCAAGUGUAAUCUUGCAGCCUUACCAUAAACCCACAAUGCCUACAAAAACCACCUGGGGAUCCAGGUAGCUGGAGGACACUACAGCUACACCUAUUCACCUAGAGCUGCUCUCCUGUAUUAUCCUCCACAAUAAA